AAAACCAUUAGAAAAAACAAAAAAAACAUAUAAAUUUUCAAAAAAAUUUAAAAAGAAAUAAAUCACUCUAAUUCUCUUCUUUUCCAUCUAACAAGAAAAUGGCAAAAUUUCCAUUAGGAAUAUGUCUAAUGUUUAUGAUAACAACAAGUACCAUAUAUGAAGUGCAAGGACAUUUCUUAUUAGACCAUUACAUGAAGAAAAUUCCUAAAAUAUCCAGCGAGUUCGAACCUUUCGCUUUCAAGGGUAUACUUAGUUUUAUAGACCACCUUGAGGGUUUAUGUCCCCUGAAGGUGGAGUACAAGGAGUUCUUCACAAAGCUGAAGGAUUUCAUGGCCUUCAUAAACUCAGCAUCAGGGUCGUCCGCAGAGUUCCAUACUCAGUUGAAAACAAAAUCUGAGGAGCUCUUCAAGGCUAUCACUAAAAUGGGUGGCACAGCAGGAGCAUCGGCGCAUACAACCAAAUUGAUAGAAAGUUUAAUGUCGAUGGGAAAAACUUUGGCUGAGUACAAGAGGAGUGGUUCACAAACUCUGACAAGUGAACAAAGGACAGAGCUGGUCACAUCUAUGUCGAGAUGGGCACAAACGAUCGGUCAGUUUGUGAAAAGCGUAACUGAGACGAAUGGUGGCGCUAAUAUUGAUCUCAAAUCCCUUGGCUGUGGAGGUGCAACCGGCAUCUCUACCUCCAUGGAAACUGGAAGCACGGCCAGUGGUUCUACAAACAUGGAAACUGGAAGCACUGGUGGCAGUGGAAGUCCAAGUGGGGACACCGGUAGUCCUGCCUCUGGUGGUAGUGAAAGUGGUUCUCCCUCUAAUGAAACUCCUGCUGAAGGUGGAAGCGGUAGCCCAAGUGGAAGCCCAAGUGACAGCUCAUCAGGAGCAGGCUCCACGGGUAGUGAAACCUCCACUGAGGCUGAAACUACAGCUGGUUCCGGUAGUGGAGCGGGUGCUGGUGAAACUCCUGGCGCUGCUGGACCGAGUGGAAGCCCAACUGGUAGCCCAACUGAAUCAGAAGAAAGCUCCAAGGAUGAAAGCUCCAAGGAUGAAAGCUCAAAAGAUGAAAGCUCCAAAGGUGAAAAGGAUGAAAGCUCUAAGGAUGAAAGCUCCAAGGAUGAAAGCUCAAAAGAUAAAAGCUCUAAAGGUGAAAAGGAUGAAAGCUCUAAGGAUGAAAGCUCCAAGGAUGAAAGCUCAAAAGAUAAAAGCUCUAAAGGUGAAAAGGAUGAAAGCUCUAAGGAUGAAAGCUCCAAGGAUGAAAGCUCAAAAGAUGAAAGCUCCAAGGAUGAAAGCUCCAAAGGUGAAAGCUCAGCUGAAUCAGGAGAAAGUUCCAAGGAAGCUAGUGGUGCAAGCUCUACUGAGACCCAAAGUGAAACUGGUGCCGAAAGUGGAAGCACUGACGGUGGAGCAUCUGCCGGUGGUCCUAGUGGUGAACCCCCUGGCGAUGCUGGUGCCGGUGCUCCAAGCGGAAGUACAUCUGAUAUGUCGGCAGGAGGAGCAAGUGCUUCAGGCGGUGCGAGUGGAACUUCAACUCAAACCUCUGCCGAAGGAGAAAGCUCAAUGAAUAGUGGAGGCAGUUCCUACGCGGACACUACAGGUGGUAGCGCGGCGGAAGGUUCCGCCAGUAGCCCCUCUGGUUCAGCUUCGGGUAGUAGUGAGACCUCCUCCAUCACCGGAAGUGAAAAUUCAUCUUACCAAGCUGGAGGAUCCUCCGCCGGUGGCCCCAGUGGAAGUACAACUGCUGGCUCGGCCGCAGGAGAGAGCACAACGGAAGAAAGUUCGGAGGGUGGUAGUGGAGCCUCCGAAAAUCAAUCUGUCAAAGGAAAAAAGGGGACAGCGAACUACGAAGGUUCUUCUAGCUACAAAAAGUCACAAUCACAAUCCUCAGAGUCGGCCAAGAGCAGCUUCAAACAUUCCUCGGAGAAAAACGCCGGCUCGUCUUAAACUAAACUCGUCGGUUCUCGGACCAAAUAGGUCGGAAACACAUAUUAAUACUAUAAUUUCAAUAAAGCAAUGGCCCUGCUAACAAUUACAGCAGCGAGCUGUAGAAUAUUUUUUUGCUAAAUACUAGAGAAUUACUGACAUGCGUUAGCCUUACUGCAUGCAUAAUUUUGGUUGUUUUUUUUUUCUCUAUAAUUUGAUUGUAAAAUAUGAAUAUAAAGAAUUGUGAGCAUGUAAUACAUGACACAUUAAAUAGUGAGAAAGUAAUAAUAAUAAUAAUUUAUUUGCAUA